AUCAUAUCAUUAUAGUCACAUCUCCCAACUCCAUCCAAAAACUGAGUUUCUGAUUUUGUCUGUAACACUUCCCACUCUUUUUCAAUGGCUGCUGAAACCAUUUCAAGAUCGAAUUACCAGCUCAAAGCCUUACAUGUGUUGGGCCUCUUUUGUCUAAUGCUGUUGUUUCAGAAAGGUAAUGCAACCCAAUUCACGGUUGGAGGAGAUAAGGGCUGGACUGUCAGCGGCAAUGCCAGUGCAUACAACUACAAUCAGUGGGCAGAAAGAACCAGAUUUCAAAUCGGAGACUCCCUAUUGUUUGUGUACAAGCCAGACCAAGAUUCAGUGCUUCAGGUAACCAAGGAAGACUAUGACAAUUGCACUACAACAGCAGCUCUUGCCACCUUCAACGAUGGUCACACAGUCUUCACGUUCAAUCGAUCAGGGCCUUUCUACUUCAUUAGUGGAAACAAAGAAAAUUGUCUUAAGAGUGAGAAGAUGGUGGUAAUUGUUUUGGCAGACAGAAGCAAUCAUUCCUCCAACACAAAUGUAACAAGCGCAGCUUCAUCUCCUGCACCUGCUGGCGAGGAGGCUCCUCCUACAGGAACAGUUGAGAUAAACCCAACUCCAUCUCCUACAGGCCAGCCACCGAGUGCAGCUUCUUCCACACUCAUUAGUUUCACUGGUUGCAUUGGAGCAUUCUUUGCUUCAUCUCUUAUUUUAAUAUACUAAGUGGUGUUGCAUUAUAUGCAGUUUCACUAUUUUUUCUUUCUUUUUUUUCUUUUUUGAUUGUUUUAUUUUUUU